AUGCACCAAACUCAGUCCUACAUGGACGUCCAUUCGUCGCAUUUGCCUUCCGCGCAAGCGUAUACGUCCCAGCCCGGAAACGUUGAGACAAUACCGCAUUAUCCAUAUCAACAACCGCCACUUUUGCAACCCGGACCUUCGGCGUACGCACCCACCACCAGCGCAUAUCCCUAUGGAUAUUCGAACCCAGUUACCUCCCCGCAAUCGAGCAGUCAACCAGUAACAAGUUCCAUUGCUACACACGUCCCUGCACAAAUCCUACCCUUACCCGCUAUGACGACAGGUCCCAGCCCUCAUGGUUAUGCUGGGUCCAACAACCAUGCCCAGACCUACGAUGUGCCGUUCGAUACUACAGGCCAAAUAGCCCCUCCAGGCAUGAAGCCGAGGGUUACGGCCACUUUAUGGGAGGAUGAGGGUAGUUUGUGUUUCCAAGUUGAGGCGAAAGGUGUUUGUGUGGCUCGAAGAGAAGACAAUCACAUGGUCAACGGUACAAAACUGUUGAAUGUUGCUGGUAUGACAAGAGGCAGAAGAGACGGUAUUCUCAAAAGCGAAAAGAUUCGACAUGUAGUCAAAAUUGGGCCUAUGCAUCUCAAGGGUGUAUGGAUCCCUUUUGAGCGGGCUCUUGAAUUCGCCAACAAGGAAAAGAUUACAGCCCAAUUGUAUCCACUUUUCGUCCACAAUAUCGGAGGUCUCUUGUACCAUCCAACAAACCAGCCUCGAUCGAAUGCCGUUGUUGCAGCCGCUGAGCGAAGGCGACUUGAGGCCAGUCAUCAACAAGGCCGCCCAAGCCAAGGCCCUCAUCCUCCGCCAUUGCACCAUCAUCAUUCCAUGCACAACCCUGUUACAUCGCAGGUUAGCCAGUCGUCGAGCCAAGCACUUGUUCCUGCUGGCCGCCCAAGUUUUGAGCGGGCUCACACUUUCCCAACUCCUCCUGCUAGUGCUUCUAGCUUGGUCGGCGUCCCUAGUCAAGGAAAUUCAUAUGAUUGGGCUGGCAGUGUUCACAACUCGCAUGCCUUGUCGAUUGACACUGGCUUGGGUAACUCACGGUCAAUGCCGACAACCCCAGCGACGACUCCUCCAGGAUCCAAUUUGCAAGGCAUGCAAUCGUACCAAAGUCAACAGAGUUAUGAUUCUAAACCGUACUAUUCUUCAGCACCCUCAACUCAGGCGCAGUUCACUACACAACAAGCCACUGCUCCACAGAGCAUGUCUAGUCAGGGAAAUGGGCAAGUUGGUCAUGGCAGUGUAGUGGGAGAGGGAGGACAAGAGCACGAGACCGAAUACAUCAACGAUGCCAACGGCGCCUAUAACAGCAACCGUGGAUCGUACAACUAUAGCACGAAUCACUCCAGUGGUAGCAUCCAGGGAGAGACUAACCAAUUGUCCUCUGAGAUGCCAACCUCAACCAGCAAUACAAACGGCACCGACAGAAUAAACUCGAGGCCCAGUGGUCAAGCCCAGUGGAAUCCUGGUUAUUCUACACCGCGAUUGGGACCGCCCAGCAGCCUAUACAAUGUUGUCAGCGACACUAGGAGUACUUCUGCUAAUGGGACCACGGGAGAUGCGUAUUCCACUUCGUCACAAUCGGCAUCGACUUACCCCUCUUCAUCUUUGAACGGCUCGAACAAACGUUGCAGAGACGAUGACGAUCAAGAAGAACCGCCACGGAAUGAGAGCCAAAAUUGCGAGGGAGGUUUCGAGCAUAAACGCCGGAAAACUCUUACCGAGAAUCCCGUCGGAGGCCCCGUGGGUGGCGCAUCACUUGCUCUGCAAAGUUUGAAAAAUGGUGGAAUGCCUCGACGUCGUUAA